UUGGAGUUGAACAACAAUCACAAAUUAGUAAAUUCAUGUUCGGAUCAGCGAGUGGCUUUAUGGCCAAUUCAGGAGGUCGAGUGAUCAUUGCUGCUACGUGCAUCUUGCUGCUUUCAACUGCAGCUUCUGCCCAUCAAAUUUCCAGGAGAAGCGUAGUAAAUCUGACUCUGAGAUAUGAGGUCCAAAAAUACCUUGUGGAAAAUGGACUCGGGAGAACUCCUCCUAUGGGAUGGAAUAGCUGGAACCAUUUCCACUGCCACAUCGACGAAAAGUUGAUCAAGGAAACAGCUGAUGCCAUGAUAUCAACUGGACUUUCAUCAUUGGGAUAUCAAUAUAUAAACAUAGAUGACUGCUGGGGUGAGCUAAACAGAGACUCUGAGGGAAACUUGGUUGCUAAGGCUUCGACAUUUCCAUCAGGUAUCAAAGCAUUAACAGAUUAUGUUCACAGCAAGGGGCUCAAGCUAGGGAUAUAUUCAGAUGCUGGAACUCAAACAUGCAGCAAGACAAUGCCUGGAUCCCUGGGCCAUGAAGAGCAAGAUGCAAAGACUUUUGAAUCCUGGGGAAUUGACUACUUAAAGUACGAUAAUUGCAACAACCCUGGUACCAGUCCGAAGGAAAGGUAUCCAAUAAUGAGUAAAGCUUUGCUAAAAUCUGGAAGGCCAAUCUUCUUCUCUCUAUGUGAAUGGGGAGAAGAAGAUCCUGCAACUUGGGCUUCAAGCAUAGGAAAUAGCUGGAGAACAACAGCAGAUAUUUCUGACAACUGGAAUAGCAUGACAUCUCGGGCAGAUCAGAACGACCGAUGGGCCUCCUACGCUGGACCAGGAGGAUGGAACGAUCCGGAUAUGCUUGAAGUUGGAAAUGGUGGUAUGACAACCGAGGAAUAUCGGUCACAUUUCAGCAUAUGGGCAUUAGCCAAGGCUCCAUUGUUGAUUGGAUGUGACAUUCGGGCAAUGGAGAAUGCGACCCCUGACUUGCUUAGCAAUAAAGAAGUUAUAGAUGUCAAUCAAGAUAAACUCGGAGUUCAGGGGAAAAAGGUUAAAAGAGACGGUGACCUAGAGGUCUGGGCAGGUCCUCUCAGUGGUGGCAGAGUUGCAGUAGUCCUAUGGAACAGAAGCUCUUCAAGAGCUACAAUUACUGCUCACUGGUCUGACAUAGGUCUGUCACCAACAACAGUUGUUGAUGCAAGAGAUUUAUGGAGGGUGAGAACAACAGCAAACGUUACUCCUCUUAUUGAAUUCAUAAUACUUACUGACGUUCCCAAUUGUCCAAAUUUGCAGCAUUCCACUCAAGCGUCAGUCAAGGGACAGAUAUCAGCAGACCUUGAUUCCCAUGCUUGCAAGAUGUAUGUUCUAACCCCAAAGUAAAAACGAUGCGAGUAUGCUAUUUCGACAUAAAAAGAAUUCGCCCAAUAUUGGCAGCAGUUAUUAACUCAAAUGUAUACUAUUAUCACAAUUAAAGUAAUAAGAAUGGACUAUCGAGUUCGGGAUA